GCCUUUUGUGGCAGAUGAAUACAUUGAACGCCUGGCAUGGAGAACACCUGGAGGAGGUUCCAGAGGUGGAGAAGCUUUUGAUCCGAAAAGAUUAUUGGAAGAAUUUGUAAAUCAUAUCCAAGAAUUACAGGUAAUGGACGAAAGGAUUCAGAGAAAGGUGGAGAAACUAGAACAGCAGUGCCAGAAGGAAGCAAAAGAAUUUGCCAAGAAAGUACAAGAGCUGCAGAAAAGCAACCAGGUUGCCUUCCAACAUUUCCAAGAACUAGAUGAGCACAUCAGCUAUGUAGCAACUAAGGUCUGUCACCUUGGCGACCAACUGGAGGGGGUAAACACGCCACGGCAACGGGCUGUGGAGGCUCAGAAGCUGAUGAAAUACUUUAAUGAGUUUCUGGAUGGAGAGCUGAAGUCUGAUGUUUUUACAAACUCUGAAAAGAUUAAAGAGGCAGCUGAUAUUAUUCAGAAACUGCAUUUGAUUGCACAGGAGCUGCCUUUUGACAGGUUUUCGGAAGUAAAAUCAAAGAUAGCAAGUAAGUAUCAUGAUUUAGAGUGCCAGCUAAUUCAAGAGUUUACCAGUGCACAGCGGAGAGGUGAAAUCUCCAGAAUGAGAGAAGUAGCAGCAGUUUUGCUUCAUUUUAAGGGCUAUUCCCAUUGUGUUGAUGUGUACAUAAAACAGUGUCAAGAGGGUGCAUUCCUGAGGAAUGAUGUCUUUGAAGAUGCAGCCAUUCUCUGCCAGCGAGUGAAUAAGCAAGUUGGAGAAGUCUUCAGCAAUCCAGAGACUGUGCUAGCCAAACUCAUUCAAAAUAUUUUUGAAGUUAAACUCCAGAGUUAUGUGAAGGACCAGCUAGAAGAACACAGGAAAUCAGAUGCAGAACAAUAUCUUAAGAAUCUCUAUGAUCUAUAUACAAGAACUACUAAUCUGUCAAGCAAAUUGAUGGAAUUUAACUUGGGUACUGAUAAGCAGACUUUCUUGUCUAAGCUUAUCAAAUCCAUUUUCAUUUCCUACUUGGAGAAUUACAUUGAGGUGGAAAUUGGUUAUUUGAAAAGUAGAAGUGCUAUGAUUUUGCAACGUUAUUAUGAUUCCAAAAACCACCAGAAGAGGUCCAUUGGCACCGGAGGGAUCCAGAUCCACAAAAGGACUGAAGCAAAAUUAAGUAUUCAAGACCUCAAAGAGAGAAUAAGGCAACGUACAAACUUACCUUUGGGGCCAAGUAUUGACACGCACGGAGAAACUUUUCUGUCACAAGAAGUGGUGGUUAACCUUUUGCAAGAAACUAAACAAGCUUUUGAAAGAUGUCACAGGCUCUCUGAUCCAUCUGACUUACCGAAGAAUGCUUUCAGGAUUUUUUCUAUGCUUGUAGAGUUCUUAUGUACUGAACACAUCGAUUAUGCAUUAGAAACAGGCCUUGCUGGCAUUCCCUCUUCUGAUUCAAAGAAUGCAAAUCUUUAUUUCUUGGAUGUUGUCCACCAGGCCAAUACUAUUUUCCAUUUAUUUGACAAACAGUUCAAUGAUCACCUGAUGCCAUUGAUCAGUUCUUCUCCGAAAUUAUCUGAAUGCCUUCAGAAGAAAAAGGAUAUCAUAGAGCAAAUGGAAGUGAAGCUGGAUAUGGGCAUUGAUAGGACACUGAACUGUAUGAUUGGACAGAUGAAGCACAUCUUGGCUGCAGAGCAAAGGAAGACAGAUUUUAAACCAGAAGAUGAGAACAAUGUUUUGAUUCAAUAUACUAAUGCUUGUGUUAAAGUCUGUGGCUAUGUUAGAAAGCAGGUAGAAAAGAUUAGAAAUUCUAUGGAUGGUAAGAAUGUGGACACCGUUUUGAUGGAGUUUGGAGUUCGUUUUCAUCGGCUUAUCUAUGAACACCUACAGCAAUAUUCCUACAGUUGCAUGGGAGGCAUGUUGGCUAUUUGCGAUGUGGCUGAAUAUAGGAAGUGUGCCAAAGACUUCAAGAUCGCUCUGGUGUUACAACUCUUUGAUACCUUGCAUGCACUUUGCAAUCUUCUGGUUGUAGCCCCGGAUAAUUUAAAGCAAGUUUGCUCAGGAGAACAACUUGCUAAUCUGGACAAGAACAUCCUUCACUCCUUUGUUCAGCUGCGUGUUGAUUAUAGGUCUGCUCGUCUUGCUCGUCACUUCAGCUGAGAGCAUGGAAAGAAAUAUUGUACCUUUGGCCAGGCCUCAGUUGUAGAAAGCACAGGGAAUGAUGUCUUAUGAAACCACGGUUGUAACUUUUGUGGGAUAAUGACUGUUCAGAAUGAAGCAGCAGCCAUACUUAAACAUGACUAUGUAGAGGGUGAGCAGGUAAAAAUCUGAAUGAGAUUUCAUGUAAGCUAAAGUUCCCCCAGUGAAGAAUUUUGCAACUCUACAUGCUACUGACUUUUUUUUUUGUUGGAAACAUGUCGGUAUAGGAAAGCAAGUGGUGCAUUGAAAGUAUUUUAGUCUUCAAUAUUGAAUUAUCAGAUACCAUUUGUUAGACUUGAACUACACAGCAUAGCGUAGGUAAUGGAUUACAUAGACUAGACCACUGUAAAAAUGUUCUUCAUCAAUUUUAAUGGCUUAGACUUCAGCACAGCUAAUCAUAAUCAAAUUAUCUUUGAUUGGUGUUUCUAAGUAAUUUCUUUCAUUUAAAAUGUUAUCCCGCACAAUGUAAUUUCUUGCUCUAAUUAAUUAGCUUGGAGUUUCUUUGAGAUGUAGGAGUAAAAGCAACGCUAUCCCAGAAGGAUGUAAUUUAUUCAUUGUGUAGCAUUCUGAACAGAACUGAAGUGGUGAAAAGUUUUGGGGGUUUUUUUUGGUUCUUUGGCUUUGUUUUUUUGCACCUAGUAGUCGAGGGCCCACUGGAAUGUAUUGGCAUUGUAUGAUCUGACAUUCUUGUCUCUGUUUGAUACUGGCACACUGAAUUUUAUAUAUGCUCCUAAAGUAAAUGCAGCUGCCUCGUCUAAGGCAUUCUUAUUAUGAGGUGAAGGUGCCCAUUGCUGAGUUAAUAUAAGAAAACUUUCUCCUGUCUGUUUUUUUGUAUGUAAAUAAAUUCAGAUUGUAACGAAGUUAAAGGACAAAAUGUGGGCCAGUUGUUCAUAUGUGGGA